AUGUCAGCCGUUCGUAGGCCAUUGCCGCUGAAUCUUGGCGAAACUCGUCGCAUUCCUGGUGUUAUAUUGCCGGUUGAAAUUGGGCCUAGCACUCAGCUCAGCAAUCGUACUGAUGUCAUUAUUAACGGUCAGAAAGUCACAAUAGAUGCAAGAGAUUUGGAGACUGUAUGUCUCUUCGUAAUGCUCGAUAAUCGUCUCAAAAUUUGCAUCAUUGCAGUAAGUUUUGGCGACUUACUUUGGAUUUCAUAUGAUGGUUUGGCAAGUUACUUUUCAGAGUUUUCCAUUUUCAUCGUUGACAGCGGAGUUGUGGUCGCUGUUUCAUCGGAAUUUUUUACCAUCUUUCUGAAAGUUUUGGUGCGCUUUUUCAUAAAAGAUUUGGCAACAGAAGGUCGAGGAGAAUAUGCGCGGGUCCAUCGGAUGUACCACGCACCGAGCAAGUGUGAAUUUGCGGUAAAGAGACUGCCAUUUGAAGUAGAGACCUCGGAUCGCUCACGCAUUCUUAACGACUGGAAUGUGAGCAUGCGCACCAGCACCUGCCCCUACGCCGUCCUCUCCUACGGCGCCCUUUCCGUCGGCUGCGAGUUUUGGGUGGUCAUGGAACUGAUGGAUGACUCCCUAGAUAAAUUUCUCCAAAAGGUUUACGCACAAGGAAAAAUAAUCCCGGAGAAUCUCCUAGCCUACAUUGCUUUUUGUGUAGUCACUGCGCUGGAGUACCUGCGAAAGGACCUUGUGACUAUGCACCGCGAUGUCAAGCCCUCCAACAUCCUCAUUGACCGCGCUGGGCACGUAAAGGUUUGCGACUAUGGCGUGUCGGGCGAGUUGAAGAACUCCAUGGCCCAGAGUAACACGGGCACCUGUCGCUAUAUGGCGCCCGAGCGUAUUGAUCCCAGUCGCAGCGCCGGUGGUGGUUUCCGUAUUCAAGCGGACGUCUGGAGUUUGGGACUCACGCUUCUUGAACUGGCUACUGGUAAACACCCCUACGAAAGCUUCGUCAAUCAGUUUGAACUUCUCAAACAUGUGGUUCACGAGGCACCGCCAAAUGUGCCGGAAUCGGUGCCCUACUCGCAAGACUUUCGAGACAUUGUGUCGCAGUGUCUAGUGAAGGAGGAAUCCGCUCGCGCCAACUACCUGCGUCUCCUCGACUCGCCCUUCCUUCGCAGUGUCUGCGUGGAACGCGAUGCACCCCUCAUGGCCCAAUUUGUCUCUACCAUUCUUGAUCACCAAUGA